AUGGCUACACCAGUAGCUUCUGCCUCUUCCAACGGGGGCCUGCAGCCCCCGCAUCCCGCUCAAGUCGCCAAGCUUCUCAGUGGAGACCACUUUGCCAAUGGUAACAGCGGCUCCAACGGUGUCUCCACUCCCCGGCUCCGAAAGGAUACAAUAGGAUACAAAUCAUCUCCUUUCCCAUUGAAGGCCACUCAACAAGGCGAAGUGGUCAAGAUCCUGUCUGAAACCGGGUUCAUGCCACCAGAGCUCGUCUCUGGCGAAGUCGAUUGGUUCUACAACCACCUUGGCAUCGACAACGCAUACUUUCUCGCUGAGAACCCUGACGCGAUCGCCGAUCACAUCCUAGCGCUCUACUCAGCCAAGCUGCUUGCUUAUACAAAGCAUGACCCGAAUCAACUCGUCAUUGACCUUGAAAAGAUCACCCCGGAAGGGGAGGCGGGCAAGGAAGGUGCAGUCUGGAUCCACACCAGUCAACCGGGUGUCACCGUCAAGACUGGCCCAGGGGCCAGCGUCGAGAAGCAGAUUGACAAUCUCUACCUCGACAACUCGACGCCUGAAAAGGCAUACCGACUUGAGACCUACCGAUCGUCAGGGGCCAUCUCCUCGACCAUCUCUCAACAGCUUCGAUGCUACUUUGUCGCUCGAUGCUCGUUCCCCACCUCAGCGCCAGUGAAGUCUGCCAAUGGAAACGUCGACAUUCGAUCAGUUUCCGAUGCCAGCUUUAUCGAAAAGGCCAGCGAUGCCACACUCGACAUCUACCAGGAGAUCAUGGAUGAGGUGUCUCGUCGUGAUGGACCGGUCAUUGAGAUGUUUGAGAUCGAAGACAGUCGUGAGCGACGAGUCGUCAUCGGAUACAAGAUGGGAGGCACGAAGCGAUUCUUCUCCGCUCUGUCCGACCUGUACCACUUUUACGGUCUUUACUCGGCUCGAAAAUACGUCGAGCAGUUCUCCAAUGGAAUCACCAUCAUCUCCAUGUACCUGAACCCUGUACCCAACUCACGAGCACCUCCUAUCGAGCACUCGAUCCACCAGAUCGUCAGAGAGACUUCCCUGCUCUACUGUCUGCCCAACAAUCCAUUCUUCGCCGUCGCUGAGGAUGACGAGAACGCCGGACAUGCCGUCCAAGAGGCCACAUACGCAUAUGCUGGAUGGAUCUUUGCUCAGCAUUUCUGCAACCGAUUGGGAUCAGCUUAUUUGGCUCUGAAGAAUGUGCUCGACGAGAGCAACCCCAGCCAUGCCGAAGUGGUCAACAAGAUCAAGACCCGAUUCAGAGAAGAGACCUUCACGCGAGAAAACAUUCGCGAGGUUAUCCAGGCUCAUCCUGAACUGGUCCGAAUGCUGUACAUCAACUUUGCCAUGGUUCACUACCCUGCGCCCGAUGAGGCAUCCCAGCUCACCCCGACCCUGUCCUUCCAGCGACUCAAGACAGAAGUCCCCGUCACCACUGAAGAACUCCAUGCCAUCAUUCGCAAGAAGGCACAAAACUUGCACGCCUUCCAAAUCUUGGAAGCUUUGCUCGUCUUCAACAAGCAUGUCCUCAAGUGCAACUUUUAUCAACCGACCAAGGUUGCCUUGUCUUUCCGACUCGACCCUUCGUUUUUGCCAGACAUCGAGUACCCCAAGAAACCAUUCGGCAUGUUCUUCGUCAUUGGACCAGACUUCCGUGGCUUCCACGUCCGGUUCAGAGACGUUGCUCGAGGUGGUAUCCGUGUCAUCCGAUCGCGAGGCAAGGAGAACUACAACUCCAAUGUCAGGACCUUGUUCGAUGAGAACUAUGCGCUUGCUGCAACCCAGAACUUGAAGAACAAGGAUAUCCCCGAAGGUGGAGCCAAGGGUACCAUUCUGCCCGAAGUAGAUGCCAACUACCGACAAUGCUUUGAAAAAUACGUCGAUGCGAUCAUCGACCUGUUGAUUCCUGGUCGAACACCUGGCAUUAAGGGUCCCAUUGUUGACGUCUCUGGUCGACAAGAUCCUGAAAUCCUCUUCUUUGGACCGGAUGAGAACACUGCCGACCUCAUGGACUGGGCGGCCGAGCACGCUCGAGCACGAGGUGCCAGCUGGUGGAAGUCAUUCACCACUGGGAAGUCUGCAGAGAAGCUCGGAGGUAUCCCUCACGACGUGUACGGCAUGACUUCACUGUCAGUCCGCCAAUACAUCCUCGGUAUCCUCAAAGCACACGGUCUUAACGAGAAGGAUGUGACCAAGUUCCAGACCGGAGGUCCCGACGGAGAUCUCGGUUCCAACGAGAUUCUUCUCAGCAAAGACAAGACUGUCGCCAUCAUUGAUGGCAGUGGAGUCUUGUACGAUCCUGCUGGUCUGGACCGACCCGAAUUGAUCCGAUUGGCCAAGGCUAGAAAGCCAAUCAACUUUUUCGACAAGGCCAAGUUGGGUCCGGAAGGAUACCAGGUGCUCGUUGAUGAGCAAGACGUCAAGCUGCCAAGUGGAGAAGUCAUCCCUGACGGGACCGAGUUCCGAAACAACUUCCACUUCCGAGUCAAGGCAGACCUCUUCGUCCCUUGUGGUGGUCGACCCGAAGCCGUCAACAUCUCGAACGUCGCUCAGCUUUUGGACAGCGAAGGCAAACCCAACUUUAAAUACGUUGUCGAAGGUGCAAACUUGUUCUUCACUCAAACGUCUCGAUUCUGGUUGGAGAAGAAAGGUGUUGUCUUAUUCAAGGAUUCCAGUACGAACAAGGGAGGUGUCACUUCGUCCUCGCUCGAGGUGCUCGCUGGCCUUGGUCAGAACGAUGAGGAGUACAUCAACAACAUGAUCUUCAAGGAUGGCAAGCCGUCUCAUUUCUACCAGAGCUACGUCAAGGAUAUUCAGUCCAAGAUCUGCGAAAACGCCGCCGCAGAGUACCACUGCAUUACCAAAGAGUGGCACCGAAACAACGGGACCAAAUCUCGAACCACUAUUUCGGACGAGCUAUCUUCCACGCUCAACAAUCUCCAACACGAGCUCGAGAUUUCAGAUCUGUACGAGAAUAUCCAAUCCAGGAAGAAUGUCCUCCGAAGGGCCAUGCCAAAAACCUUGGUUGACACUAUCGGCCUGGAGACGCUGAUGGAGCGAUUGCCGGAGCAGUACCAACGUGCAGUCUGGUCCGCUUGGGUCAGCUCCAACUACAUCUAUGCCUGCUCUAUGCAAGCGUCGAAUGUGGACUUUUUCCACUUCUUCUCCAAGCUCUCCCAAUAG